CGAUCGUUGUGACUGGUUGUUAGCUAGCUAGCUAACUAACUAUAAGUGGGAGACGCAGUCUGCGCGAGCGUGAGAAGUUUGACUUGUCAGAUUGGGGACCUGGUGAAGGAAGACCCAAUCGGUUCGUCGUCAUGAACCCGCCUGCCAAGGUCGACCCACGUGGACACGCAGACGGCAAUCCAAAUACUUCGGGUGACUCACAUUCGUCGCUACUGAACACCGUGAACAAGACCGCCUCCUCCAUGGACAUGGAUGCCACCAUGUCUGCUUUUUCCGCUACGGAAGCCUACGUCCAAUCAACCUAUCAACCCCCCGGAGCCGUUUACGACAACCGGAUGGUCAACAACAGUAGCAGCCCCCACCACAACAAUAAAACUCCCGCCACCGCUCCACGCCCCGUCGAUUAUGUACGAAAUCCCACGGAUCGCUCCGUGCUUAUGGAUCACCACGGACGUCCCAUUACGGUCGAUCGCUUGCUCGCCACCAAACCGUUACAGCGCGAACUCUCCACCCGACCCGGACCCGGCAAUCGCAAAAUGCUCUACCUCAGCGGAGAAGGCGUGACCCGCACCCUCAACGAUAUCUUCGGCUACGACGGAUGGAACCUAGACAUACGCAAGGUCACACAGGUGCAUCAGCACCAAGAUACCAAAACGACCCGCUGGAACGUGUCCUAUAUGGCGCACGUACGUAUUACACACUGCCGUUCCGGUACCUACAAGGAAGAUAUGGGCGCCGGUGACUCCACUGACAAGAAUGUACAAACCGCUAUCGCCCACGCCCUCAAAGCCAGUAUUACGGACGCUCUCAAACGAGCAGCCCGGCACUUUGGCGACAAGUUGGGCAAUUCACUCUACCAGGGAACCUUCACCAUACACAAGGCUCCAAAGACGCUGGCCGAUGCGUUGGAUCAGUACGAUACGGAACGAGCACACGCGAAAUUUGGAAUCGUUCCCCGGCCGACACUGCCAGUUCAGAAAGCGAGCGGAGGCGGUCGGGACCACCAAAGCGACAUGACUAAGGUGCACAAUAGUGACGCAGCCCAACCGUCAAUGUCAUUAGUCUCUACGGUCAACAGUGCACCUGAGGAUGCCGCUUCCGUUUUAAAAACACCAUUACACCCUUCCUUGCGUUCCGUCACUCCCGCUCCAAGCGGUCCUUGGGCACUGUCCGACCUGCAACAGCAGCAAGCUGAUGGUCUCGUUUUCGCAGCGGCAGCCACUCCCACUCUUUUUCCAAAAGAAGUAACACGCUCACACGGCUUGUUCACUUGCGAAACCUCCGUACCGGCAAUUCCACAUCACCCUACAAACGCCUCCACUUCUAGUACGGCUUCUUCUUGGAUGUCUCACGAAGCCCAUAGACCGGAAACUGCGACGGGUAGUCGGCAUGAUGGCGCCGGCGGCGGAAUCACGACCGCCCAGAUGACACGAAGUAUUGUGCCCUCGAACGCCACGCGUUUUUCGGAAUCGGCGCAGCUUCCUCAACAGCCACCGUGCAAAAAGGCAAAGGCCAACGUCAAUCCCUAUGGAAAAUAA